UUGUUCCAUUUCAAGCAUUUUUCCAAUAGACAAGAAUCGGUAGUCAUGUUUGCCAAGAAACUCUUACACAAAGCUACCAAGCUUCAUAAUCUGCAUCAUCAUCAGCAUAACUUAAAGGGCUGCCUCACUCCAGAAGAUUUGGAUUUUCGGAUAGCAGUCCAUUACGGUAUCCCAUCUACUGCAUCAGUUCUUGCCUUUGAUCCCAUUCAGCGUUUACUUGCCAUUGGGACAUUGGAUGGCAGGAUAAAAGUGAUUGGUGGUGAUAACGUCGAAGGACUCCUAAUUUCUCCUAAGCAAUUACCUUUCAAGUAUAUGGAGUUUCUAUCCAACAAAGGUUUUCUAGUCAGCAUCUCCAAUGACAAUGACAUACAGGUGUGGAAUCUGGAAAAUAGGUCUAUAGUUUCUAGUUUGCGAUGGAGCUCCAACAUAACAAGUUUCUCUGUGAUAUGUGGCUCCUUCUUCAUGUACAUUGGAGAUGAGCACGGGUUGAUGUCUGUUUUGAAGCUCGAGGAGGAGGCAGAGCUGUUGGUAAUGCCAUAUCACAUUUCCGCCAAAUCCCUUACUGAAGCAGCUGGGUCAUCAUUUCCGGAUCAUUGGACUGUUGUUGGAGUUCUUCAUCAACCUAGUUCUUCUGGGAAUAGAGUUUUGAUUGCAUAUGAGAGUGGGUUGAUUGUUCUUUGGGAUGUUUUUGAAGCUCAAGUGGUUGUAGUUAGAGGUGAUAAGGUUCUUGAACUGAAGGAUGGAGUUGAUGAUUCUCCUGGUCAAGUUGGUCAUCUUUUAGAUGCUACACCUGAACACAGUUUGGAGGAGAAUGAGAUAACCGCUCUUUGUUGGGCAUCUUCUAAUGGGACCAUUCUUGCUGUUGGAUACAUAAAUGGAGAUAUUAUGUUCUGGAAGACAUCAACUACUGCCUCUAGUAAAGGCCGAAAAGCUGGAGCAUCAUUCAAUAAUGUUGUAAGGCUACAGUUGUCCUCUGCUGAAAGGAAGCUCCCUGUCAUUGUCUUGCAUUGGUCCGCAAACAGUAAAUCCCAGAAUGAUGGUGAUGGCCAAUUGUUUGUUUAUGGAGGUGAUGAAAUAGGGUCAGAUGAAGUAUUAACGGUUUUGAGUCUUGAAUGGAGCCCUGGAAUGGAAACUCUAAGAUGUGUUGGUCGUGCUGAGCUCGCUCUUAGUGGCUCCUUUGCUGAUAUGAGUUUAUUACCAAGUGCAAUAAACAAUCAUCGAGCUGAUUUAUUAGUACUGACAAGCCCAGGACAUCUGCAAUUGUUCAGUCAUGAUAGUUUGUCUGCCUUGAUGUCUGAACAUGAGAAGAAAGUUACUCUCUCUUCCUUAGAGUGUCCCGUAGUGAUACCUACAGCUCAUCCAGUCCUGAGUGCAGCAAAUCUCAGCUCACUAGUUGGCAGUGAAAACACUUCAAAGUUUCUUUUGGAGAUAGCCACAAAUAUGAAGCUUAAUUCAACAUCAAAGUUGACAGGGGGAAAUUGGCCCGUAUCAGGAGGCAUAGUAAAUCAAUUUGCUUCUCCUGAAGGUUAUGUAAUAGAGAGAAUUUACAUAGCUGGUUACAUGGAUGGAUCUGUUCGAAUCUGGGAUGCCACUUCUCCAGUCUUAUCAAUCCUCUGCAUUAUAGGAGAGAUCAAAGAUGUGGACGUGACCGGUUCCACUGCUCCAAUUUCAGAACUGAACUUCUGUUCCUUCACUUCAGGUUUAGCAGUUGGUAACCAACUUGGUUUGAUCCGUGUAUAUAACCUCAAUUCCAGCUGCAAAGAGACAAGUCUUCACAUUGUCACUGGAAUAAAACAAGAAGUUCACAAACAACCUCAAGGUGGAGGGCCUAAGUGUAGUGCUUGUUUUCACCUUCUUGAUUCCCCUGUUCAAGCACUUCAAUAUAUGGACCAUGGAGCUAAACUAGCUGUUGCACAUGAAUGUGGUCGUGUUGCAGUGCUUGAUAUGAAGUUAUUCUCUGUUUUGUUCCUAACCAACUGUUUACCUAACCCUAGCAGUCCAGUCAUUUCCAUGACCUGGAAAUCAUUUGUGUAUAAUGAUGGUCAUGUUAAAAGCCCCAAAGAUUCAGGACGAAAGGAUCUUGACAGACCUGCAGAGAGAUUGAUGAUCAUAUCUACCAAAGAUGCAAAAUUAUAUGUAUUCAAUGGCGAUGAUAAUCGCAUGAUCAACUCUAGACCAAUACAAUUGAAAAAGGAUACAACGGUUAUAUCCAUGCAUGUUAUAGAGAGAGGUACUUCCAUCGUCGAAUCAGUGGACCAAAAGGAGUCACAGCAGUUGACCAACGAUGCUGCAGCCAGAAGUGAACCUCUUAUUGAAGUAGAUAAACCGAAGAUUGAACAACAUUCUCAGCCUGAGAAUAUCAACUCGGUCCAGGGUGCAACAGAUUCACUUAUUUUACUUUGUUGCAAGGAUGCACUGUGCUUAUAUCGUUUAAAAUCUGUGCUUCAGGGGAAUGAAAAACCUUUGUGUAAAGUAAAACUUGCGAAGCCUUGUUGUUGGACUUCAACUUUUAAAAAAGAUGAAAAGACUUGCGGAUUAGCGUUACUUUAUCAGUCCGGAGAAUUGGAAUUCAGAUCCUUGCCAGACCUAGAAUCGGUGAAAGUAACCUCGUUAAUGUCGAUAUUAAGGUGGAGUUUCAAGGCAAACAUGGAGAGGACUAUGACUUCUACAGAGAAUGGGCAGAUUGCCAUGACAAAUGGGUCUGAAGUCGCAUUUAUCUCUCUACUGAAUGUUGAUGAUGAUUUCGGGGUUCGAGAAUCAUUGCCUUCUCUUCACGAUAAAGUGCUUGCAGCUGCUGUAGAAGCUGUGAUUAGCAGUUCUCAAAAACAAAAGAAAAAGCUGGGUGCCCCUGGAGUACUUGUUAAUAUGGUCAAAGGAUUUAGAGCAGGAAAAUCAAACAACGGAAUCAACUUUCCUGAUUAUUUUGGAUCAAGUUUCAGCAAUCUGGACAAAAUCUUUUCCAAGAAUCCAUUUCCGGAUCCACUUGAAAGCAUUACUAAUGAUCAGGAUGAUGUAGAACUUGAUAUAGAUGACAUUGAAAUCGACGAACCUGUAUCCGUGCCUACUUCAUCACAUACAAAACAAAACGAGGAAAUUGGAAAGAGAACUGAUCGGGAAAAACUAUUUGAUGGUGAUAAUUCUGAUGUGACGCCCAGACUCAGGACACGUGAAGAGAUCAUUGCUACUUACAGAAAGGCUGGGGAUGCUUCCUCGGUAGCUGGACAAGCAAGAAACAAGCUUUUAGAGCGCCAGGAGAAGCUUGAGAAAAUCAGCAAAAGGACUCAAGAUCUAAGCAAUGAAGCAGAAGACUUUGCAUCCUUAGCAAACGAGCUUGUAAAGGUAAUGGAACGUAGAAAAUGGUGGCAAAUAUGAUUAAUUUUUGCAUCAUAUUUCUUCGUUCAAAGCAUAUGAAAAUUCCUCGCCCGUAUACGUAAACGACACAUACAACACUAUCUUCUCAGAUUUCUGGACAAGUUUUAUGAUGCUUGUUUCAAGUAUAUAUGUACUAUACAAAGUUGGAUUCCCCCACAAAAUCUUGUCUUUUUAAGGUGGUGUUCAUAUAGAAAACAAAGUUUUGUGUUCAUUUGAAGUGGACUACCACUAACUUGGUAUAUAUUAUUAAGUUUGGGAUUUGUGAGAAUAACAGUUAUGGU